CGAUUGUGCCCAAUUGGCCAGGCGCGCAGCGCUUGCGAGCGCAGUUACAGCCUGUCUCCUGCCGGCGAAGCCUCAACAACCCCAGAUUUCCGCGCCCCAAAUCCUUGAAGCCCCCCAAAUUCUCCGUGGGCUCCGAGGACUUCGGAACCCCAGCAGCUGCAGCUCUCCACUCUCCGAGGUCCAGCACCCCGAAGUCUGCUCUCGCACUAUGCAGCUAAACAGGUUCUUUUCCGGUCCUGGUCUGUUUUUGCUGCUAUUUUGCAGUCUCUGUGUCGAGGCUGAAGUUAAAGAAGUCAAUGCAAUGGUGGGGAGCGAUGUGGAGCUCCGCUGCGUUUAUCCUCGGAGAAGCCAUUUCAGCUUGGAUGAUCUGUAUGUCUACUGGCAAAUCGUCGAUGAAGCUAAAACUGUGGUGACGUAUUACCUGCCCAGUGCUAACGAGUCUUCGACAAUCCAUGUGAGCAACUCCUACAAGAACAGGGCCCAUCUGUCACCGGACCUCAUGAAGGAGGGCGACUUCUCCCUGCACCUGCAGAAUGUCACCCCUCAGGAUACCCAGGAGUUCAAGUGCUUGGUCUUUAGGAUGUCCACAGUGUUAGGCAAGGCCUUGGAAGAGGUGGUCAGACUGCGUGUGGCAGCAAACUUCAGUACGCCUGUCAUCAGCACCUCUGGCAGCUCUGACCCUGGCCAGGAACGCACCUUCACUUGCAUGUCCAAGAAUGGCUACCCAGAGCCCAACCUGUAUUGGAUCAACAGGACGGACAAUACCCUAAUAGACGAGACUCUGCAGAAUAACACGGUCUACUUGAACGAGUUGGGCCUGUAUGACGUCGUCAGCACACUGAGGAUCCCUUGGACACCCCAUGUGGAUGUUAUCUGCUGUGUAGAGAAUGUGGCUCUCCACCAGAACAUUACUAGUAUCAGCCGGGCAGAUAGUUUCACUGGAAGCAUGAACACAGAGAGGCCACAGGAAAUCCACAGAGAGGCUACAAAGGUCCUUUUCUACGUCCUAGCUGCACUUCUGGCGGUAGUGGUUGUCAUUUUCAUCAUCGUGCUGUACAGAUGCAGGCGUCGUCCCUGCCAGAGCUAUACAGGACCCAGGGCUGUACAGCUUGAACUCACAGGUGAGUGUACCUGUGGGGAGAGGCCGGUUGGCUGAGUGGUCGUGACCUUUCACACCUCCGGUGGGCAGUUUUCCAUACUUGAUGAUUCCAGAGUUGCAGAAACCCUGUCCUGUGGCAGAAGCUCUUGGACCGUGCAUAGCAGACAGCCUGUCAUAGGUCCCUGGGUCCCUCCUGCCUCUGCUCUGCAGAACCCAUAGACUGUGACUCUGGCAGUCCAGAGUCCCUUGGUGGAGGUGUACACUCUGUAAUUGGAAGGACAGUCGCAGGUGGAUUCCGCAAUCUCCAGAGGUGUGGAUUCACAUCCUGAUUUUAGAAAAACACCUCAGAGGUUUUGGUUGACCACUAAGAGAUACAUAUCCCUGGCUCUAAGUAUUUUUACUACCUCAAAGUGACUGCACCUUCCUGAACCCGGCUUUUCCACGGUAGAGAUGUCGGUAUGUGUGGUCCCCUCGGUGCGUUGGGGCCUGUUGGCUGACACCCACCACCCCCCACUCCCUUUGAAGCCUGAAUUCUGGGCCACCUCGUCCUUACCCAGUCAUGAGGCUGUACUAGCCAGCUGUUUCUAGUUAUCAGCCUGAGUCCCGGGAAGAAUCAUUUCAUUGUCUCCAAAAUUAAAACUUUGCAUGGUUCCAGUAGAGUGAGCUUACCAGGCAGGCACGAGGAAGCAGGGCCUGCCUUCAUCUUUCUCUCUCUUCCUUCCAAGACCAUUCCUGACAGAACUCUGCCCAGGAUGUGGACAGGGUUUCUAAUGGACUCCCGCAGGCCUGGUGACAGAGGACAAUGAGCUGUCUGCUUACGUGCUGUGAUGAAGGCCAGGAAUCCCUGGCUUUCCGAGGCUUGAUCCCAGAAACCCCCGAGGGAGAUCUCUUCCAGUGGGCGGUGUCAUCAGACUGUGGAGCCUCCCGUGAGCACAGAGAGGAAGCAGCUUGUGAGAAGAUCCUUCUCCUGCCAGAUACUCAGUCCCAGGAUCUUUGAAAGAGGGCAUUUGAGCCACUCCGAAAGCACCUACAAAAUCUACUGGAGACUGUUUCCCUGCAGGACCUUCCGUGAGGGAGGAAGCUUGACUUUAUUUCAGUCUCAAGCUCGUUGGGCCUCCUAGAGGAUAUGUAUGGGGUUCUGUCUACAGAAAACCUGCUGCUGGCUGACAAUGACUGGGCUCAGAGAUUAGGGGCACUCGGCCUUGCAACAUCAACGGGACAUGCCUCAAGGCAAAAUAUGGCCCGUCUGCCACACACAAGUGCUUCUCCAUCAUUGAAGGCCCUCAAACCUGACUUGUGGUGGAUAUAAAAGCUUCUCGAAAGCCUUGAGCUCUUUCAGUCUGAACACAAAACGGGAGGUCAGCUCCACUCAGUCUCAGCAGCCCAUGGAGACCUCAGCUCCUGUGUCCUGGGUCUCUCCACGUUGUUGGCCAAAAUAGAGCUAGAUGUUUUGUUUUCCAGAUGGUUCCGCAAAGUUGGCUGCUUGGAAACAUAGGUGUGCACAAGCUCCAGGUUGACGCAUUAGGCAGCAUGGACUCACCAAUGGGACACAGUUCCUUCCCACCCAGAGGCUGGACAUCCUAGACAGUCGGGGCCUGCUAUAUGGCUGGGGCUCAGUGCUGACGGAUAUGAGAAAUCUUCGGAACGAGGAGUGAGAACCCUGGGCUCGGGCUCAAGGGGACCAGUAUUAUGAAGACCUGUCCACAUGGACUCUUUCUUCUUCGUGUCGACUUCUUCAAUGAAACGUCUCCCUGCAAAUGAAGCAUUACUUAAACCCGUAGAACAGCAACUGUCCUUGUGGGUCUUGAGUUGACAGCUACAGUAAACGACCGUAAGGAGCAGUUGGGGUGCAAGGAGCUGGGGUGCAGUGCCCCUAGGACAGAUGUUUGGGAAUCAGCGGCCUCCCCGAGGCCCAUAGUUCCAGGACACAGCCAUGUCUCAGCUGUCCCAGGAACUCUGGUGCAUCUAUAGGGCUCUUCUGUCUACUUUCACUCCCCCCCACCCCCCAUCAGGGGUAGUUUAGGGUUAGAAGAGGUCAACCCAGUGAGCCAGCCAGCUGCCGUGGGGCACCAGUCACUGCACCCCCCCUUCCCCAUGCCUCCUGCUUAUGUCACACUGGGAACCCUUUAUAGACCACUGGCCCUGUAGUCACCAUCACCUGCUGAUCCCAACAGUCCCCCACCUUCCUGUGGAAUCCUGGGAGCACCCCCCCCCCCUUACCCUUAGCACAUCAGCAUUCGUGAGACUUGCCCUUGUAACCCCUGACUCCUUCAGCCCAGAACCUUGCGGUCACUCUUUAUCUAAGUUUGUAGAUGGGGCAUAGUGACUUCCAGAAACCCGGCAAGGGAAUAAACAUAAGAUGUGCUGUC